UCGGCGAAUGUGCUGUUCCCUUGAGUUCACAGUGUAAGUGAACUAGAAGCAGGAGUUGAGACUUUGAUCUGCAGCUUAUGACAUUUCCUGUCUCCCCAGCCUGAGGCUGUGCUUAUGCUGGUGCUAUUCCAGGGAAACUUAAUUCAUGGCAACAUGGGCCCUGCACAGACACUUCCUGCAACUCCUGGGGAGGUCUGUGCCAACACUACCCAACAGCAGCAGCAGUAUCUACUACACCAGCUUUAGUACCAAGGCAGCUGGGCGCAGAAAGGGAGGACAUCCUUACCCUCUGAUCAAUGGGGAUAUCUUGCCUAUUUAUAGACCUGUAUAUGAGGCAAAUGCAAGAAACAGUGAGGUUUGCAAACAGAGGUAUAUAGAAUUAUUAGAAAAGAUUAAAUUGGGAGGAGGAGAGAAUGCUGUUCUACGACAUACACAAAGAAAUAAGAAAGUGUUAGUCCGUGAGAGACUCCGAAUGCUUUUGGAUGAGGAACCCUUUCUGGAGCUGUCCCCUUUUGCGGGUCUCGGCUUACCAUAUGGUGAUGUUCCCACUGCAGGAUGUGUGAGUGGUGUUGGAAAAGUCUCUGGGGUUUGGUGUGCGUUUACAGCUACUGAUGCUACUGUCAAAGGCGGCACCUCAUAUCCAAUCUCAGUUAAGAAACAGCUGAGAGUGCAAGAGAUCGCAAUGAAGAACAGACUUCCUACUAUUUACCUAGUAGAUAGUGCAGGAGCUUUCCUACCACUGCAGGCAGAAAUCUUCCCUGAUAAGGAGCAUGGUGGACGAACCUUCUACAAUGAAGCCGUCAUGUCCUCAAUGCAGAUCCCACAGGUGUCUGUAGUUUGUGGCUCUUGCACAGCUGGAGGUGCCUAUAUUGCAACUGUUGCAGAAGAGACCAUUAUAGUAGACAGGAUCGGUACUAUAUAUCUGGGAGGUCCUCCGUUGGUUAAAGCUGCCACAGGAGAGGAUGUCUCAUCUGAAGACCUGGGAGGAGCCAAGCUACAUUCUAGAGUCAGUGGGUGUGUUGACUACUUUGCAGCAGCAGAAGAAGAAGCCUAUAAUUGUGUUCGGCAAAUUAUUUCAACUUUUAAUUUUGAAUUUCUGCCUGAAGAAAUAACAGACUAUGAGGCCCCUUUAUAUGACACUGAGGAACUUGUGGGACUUGCACCGCGCGACUAUAGGUGCACUCUGAACGUUAAACUGAUUCUCAGCCGGCUCAUAGAUGGCAGUAGGUUCCUUGAAUUCAAAGCUGAAUAUGGAACAACGUUAGUUACAGGUUUUGCUUCAGUUGAAGGACAUUUGGUUGGGAUUGUAGCUAGCAAUGGAUCCCUUACCCACGAUGCCUCAUUAAAAGGAAGCCAUUUUGUGCAGUUAUGUAGCCAACGUGGUAUUCCUCUUCUGUUUCUUCAGAAUACUGCUUCUCAGGAAUCUGCACCAACAAACGUAUAUAAGGCAGAAGAACAAACCAACAGACUAAAAGCUCAGGCCUCCAUGAUGUCUUCUGUUGCUUGUGCCACUGUCCCCAAGAUCACAAUAGUUAUUGGUGGCUGUCACGGAGGAGAAAGUUUUGCCAUGUGCGGAAGAUCAUUUGAUCCAAACUUUUUGUUUCUUUGGCCAAAUGCAAGAGUUGCCCUUCUGGAUUCUUUCAACUUGCCAAUGUACAAUCAAUUAGGAGAGGAUUGUAUCGCAGAUGAGUCGGAACUAAAGACAAGAUUGGAGAAGUUGAAGGAGCAAAGCACAGCAUUCUACUCCUCAGCCCGGAUGUGGGAUGAUGGAAUAAUAUUACCUCAAGAUUCACGAAAGGUUAUUGGCAGGUGCCUGAGAAUAAUCAGUCAACAAAAGUACAUUACACCCACUACCCAAGCAUCUCCUGUGUUGAGAAUGCAGCAGCAAUGGCUGGCAGCAAAUUGUAGAGCUCCGUUCUCCCAUCAAGACAGUUCAUCGAAGUUUAGAAGAUCCUUACUUCAUCUGUCUUUCCAGAUCGCAAUCUUUAAUGCAGAAGCCUAAGACAAAUCGACAGAUGUCACUCUUACCCUGGAAGGAGCCCUAGAUAAGAUAGUUUGAGAGUUAUUGGUGGCCAUAUAAUU